AUGAAGUUAUCGUCAGCACUCUACUUUGUGGCGUUCUCGUCAUGUGCUAUAGCAGCCCCGAUAUCCGGGGUCUCCGGCCGAGCUGACUUGUCCAACUUCGGUCAGCGACAGGAGCCAAGAAUGAGGUCGCCAAUCAAGGUCCCGAUCAACCUGCCGAGUACGCCCUCCGAGAAGAAUGGAUCCAAAACGCAGGGGAUCCAGCCCAGUAGCAGUCAACAUCAGCUAUCGUCAAGUGGCGUCGCAAAGCCGUCGCCAAAGAAGACUUCUCACAAGUCAAAGAAGCCUAAGCCAUCUUCUUAUCUAGCGUCGCUGGCCCACCGUUUGAGCAGCAAGUCACCAUUCUCCGACUCGAGCAUUGUCAGGGAGGAAACGAGGGCUAGCAGAGGGGACUGGGAGUCGGAAGCGACUAUUGUGGAAUCAGAGACAAAGGCAUCAAGAGAGGCUACCUUGUGGCUCCCAUGUUUCUCUACCGACAAGACCCUACACUAUCACCGCAUCCGAGUAAAUACUGACACGCUCGCGGUGAGCAUUGUUCUUAUUUUCAUUGCUGUCGUACUUGUCAUCGAGCUGUGGAGACCGGUGACCGCGAGAAUUCGCCGCUUCCGAUCCAGCCAUGGCCCAAUCUAUUUGAGCGUUGAAGGGGUGGGCAAGGAGGAUCCAGCACGAGACGCGCGCCUCCUCUGUGGAUCGACGGUCAGAGAAAUUAGUGACAGCAAGCGAGAGGCUGAGAAAACCGAGUUGGUGACAACAAGGUAA